AUGCCCGUAGCGACUGCGCCGUCGCUACCCAACCUUGCGGCACCCCCUGUCGGAAGGCUAGAUAUUAACGCCCCAGCGGCGACAGAGAAUGAGGCGGCCGCCACACCAGACGUCGCUCCAACGACGCCUCCUACUAGCACGGAGGGUGCUAGUGCGGCGGCGGCGGCGGCGGCGGCGGCGUCUCCAGCCGUGGGAAACGGUGACAGCGGCGUCGCUGUGGCUCGCGAGGAGCGUGAGCGGCAAGUGAAGCUUGGGCUUUUGGUCGUGCGGCUCGGCGGCGCAAAGGAGAAGAACGUCUUUGGGGCCCGUGGCUUGACGGUGCCGCCGCGUGACCUCCUCGUCAUUCACCGUCCAGAGGAUGACGCGGUGGCGCGGCGACCCUUCAAGUGGUACGACCCGAUCUCGUGGUUCCUCAGCGGCCCACGUCAGUCCCCAAUGAUAUGGAGCUCAGCUCCCGCCGGUGCAACGUCAUCACGUGCCUCACCAACGACGCCACCGGCAACAGUAACCGCAGCAACUUCAGCGGCCUCGGCUAUUGGUGACGCCAGUGUCGCUGCCGCCGUUGCCGCUUCUACCGCCAUGGCUGCGGCUAGUGCAAGUGCACGGAAAAAACGGCCACUGCCCCAUAUUGACAUGCAGCCACUAAAGGAUGCAGAGACGCUAGAGCCUGCGGUAAGCGAGGAGCGGGCGAAGCUACUCAAGGAUGAGGCGGCGGUGCAUAGUGUACUAGACAAAAUUGAGGAGGCCCGCUACACCUACUUGGUCCCCUCGCAGGAACUUCGCUGUGAGGCGGAGGUGAUGUCAGUCUUGCGGUGCUACAUGGAUAGUAGCGCCGUUGCAGGCAGCCGAGCCGCCUCGGCGGAGGCGUCGUCACCCACAGCACUUCCAGCGGUGGCAGGUGUGCUGCAGUGUGGGCCUGUUGUGGGGUUGCUGAAGCAGUGCGUUGAGGGCGUGGUUGCGUCGUAUAGCGAAUCUGAUGGCGGCCGCCCAUAG